UGUUGUGUUCUUUGUCGGCUUUCCCGGUCUUAUCUUGAUCCUCGAGGGUCGAGUUUCUCCCUCUCGAGUCCUCCGCCGCUCGUUCUUGUUGACGAGUUUCAUCGGGUCGGUCAAGCAAUUCGCCGAACACGUUGGGAUCUCUAAUGGGUUCGGAUUGAAUCGGCUUUCUUGUCGGAUUUCACCGGCUGGUUCGAGAAAUUCGUCCGCUGCUUGUGGGUUUUGAUUGGAGAAGCCGGUACCCUUUUGGGUUGUUGGGAGGAAUUUUCAGUUACCAUUUUGCUUAGUCUGAAGCUGAGUGCAAGAAAGCUCUUCGUUGCUUGUGCUUUGAUUGAAUUCAUCGUGUCUUUGGUUCUAUCUUUGCUAAUUGCAAGGAUGAAGACUGUAAGGGAUUGGGUUUUUUCGCAGUUGUUGACCAAUUCAUUGUCCUCAUCAAGGCCAUUGUCUGGUAGCAACAGCUUUUUCCUCGAGGCACCUAAUGAGGGGCUUCAUGAACAAGCCCCUGCAGAUUGUCGGGAAGUGUCACAAGCUUCUAUUGAUCAAUCAGCUUCCAUUAAUGGAACUCUAGAGAGUCAGCAUUAUCCCUCUCAACAGCAAGGUCUGGUUGAAAACUGUUCCCAAUCUCACUCUAGCUCCGAUAGAGGAAAGUCAGAUCCUAUGUCUAAGAUCAAUGAUCUCCAGAUUAAGUUUUUGCGGAUUCUCCAACGGCUUGGGCAUCCGCAGGACAACCUUUUGGCGGCGAAGGUCUUGUAUCGGGUUCAAUUAGCGACCUUGAUUCAAUCAGGGGAAGCAGAUCCAAAAGUGUUGAAGCAUAGGCAUGAUAAGGCUAGAGCGCAAGCAGCACAGGAAGAGGCUGCUGGUGUGCCUGAAUUAGAUUUUUCAUUUAAGGUACUUGUCCUGGGAAGGACUGGAGUUGGCAAGAGUGCAACAAUAAACUCGAUUUUUGAUCAGACGAAGGCAGUCACUAAUGCAUUUCAACCAGCCACGGAUUCCAUUCGAGAGGUUACUGGAACUGUCAGUGGGAUGAAAAUAACUUUUGUUGAUACUCCUGGUCUUUUUCCUUCUUCUACUGUGAACAUGAAAAGAAAUAGGAAGAUUUUGCUCUCUGUGAAGAAGUAUAUCAGAAAGUCACCACCAGAUGUUGUUUUGCUUUUUGAACGCCUCGAUCUUAUCAACAUGAAUUAUAGUGACUUCCCUCUACUGAAGCUUCUUAACGAAGUUUUUGGCAAUGCAAUUUGGUUCAACACAAUCCUUGUUUUGACACAUGCUUCCUGUUCCCUCCCAGAAGGACCAAAUGGUUAUCCUGUCGUGUAUGAAUCAUAUGUUAGUCAAUGCGCCAAUUUGAUUCAAAGCUACAUUCAUCUGGUUGUCUCGGAUUCAAAAAUCGAGAAUCCUGUACUGUUAGUAGAGAAUCAUUCCCAGUGCAGAAAGAAUUUCUUGGGAGAAAAAGUGCUUCCAAAUGGACAGGUUUGGAAAUCUCAUUUUUUGCUACUAUGCGUAUGUAUGAAAGUUCUCGGUGAUGCUAACAAAUUUCUGGAAUUUAGAGACAGCAUUGCUCUGGGACCACCAAAUGCUAAGAGGCAGCCUUCUCUGCCUCACCUUCUUUCCUCCCUUCUGCGACAUCGUCCUCCACCUAGUACUGGUGGUGCUGACUACGAGAUUGGUGAUAACAUACUUUCAGACACAGAGGGAGAAGACGAAUAUGAUCAAUUACCUCCCAUAAAAAUUUUAUCGAGAUCCCAGUUUGAGAAGUUGACCAAAUCGCAGAAGAAGGAUUAUCUUGAUGAGUUGGACUAUAGAGAGACGCUCUAUAUGAAGAAACAGUUGAGAGAAGAGUUGCGGCACCAGAGAGAGGUCAGAGAGGAUAAGCAUUUGCAAAAGGAGAGUUCAGACUGCAGCGACAGUUCUGACAACCAGGAAACACCUUCCGAGCCUUUUUUGUUACCAGAUAUGGCCGUACCUCCGAGUUUCGACUCAGACUGCCCACUACAUAGGUAUCGUGGCCUUGUCACUGGGGAACAGCUCCUUGUCAGACCUGUUUUAGACACCCAUGGUUGGGACCACGAUGUAGGUUUCGACGGAAUUAAUCUGGAGACGUCAAUUGAAACUAAAAGCAAUGUAUUUGCCUUAGUCACGGGGCAGAUGAGCAAGGAAAAGAAUGAUUUCAGUAUCCACUCCGAGUGUUCUGCGGUGUACAAGGCCACUAGUGGACCUUCUUACUCUUUAGGUCUAGAUGUUCAAUCUGCUGGGAAAGAUCUGAUAUAUACCGUGCACAGCAAUACAAAGCUGAGUAAGCUGAAGCAUAACAUUACUGAAUGUGGAGUCUCUUUGACACGUUUUGGGGACAAGUGCUAUACCGGUGCCAAGAUUGAAGACACUAUGCACAUUGGCCGGAGAGUCAAACUUGUAGUGAAUGCUGGUCGAUUAGGGGGUGCCGAACAAGUAGCAUAUGGCGGCAGCUUUGAAGCUACAGUUAGAGGGAGGGACUACCCCGUGAGGACAGAUAGCAUAAGUCUGUCAAUGACGGUCCUUUCUUUUGACAAGGAGAUGGUGUUGAGUGGUGGUUUGCAGUCUGAGUUCCGUUUGAGCCGAGAUACCAAAGUUUUGAUCAACGGGAAUCUAAAUAGCCGGAAAAUGGGACAGCUUUCUCUGAAAACAAGUAGCUCGGAGCACAUGGAGAUUGCAUUGAUCGCGCUGGUGUCGAUUGUUAGGGGCCUUUUCCGUAGAAAGAUCCCUGAAAACGCCAGCGCAGGAACAUUAGAGAGUGGAUGAGAAUGCAUCACUUGGCAUGUGGCGUUUUUCUGAUCCACAGUGCAAGGUAUAAUAAUGCAGUUAUUGAACAAUCUUUGUUUUGCCUCACACAGGAGAAGGUUAAAUGUUGGCGGGUUAUAGGAGCUGUUACAGGCCCUCUUCCCCCAGCAUUUUGUGGAUGCAACCCAUGGCAGUGUCUUCGAGUACUGUGGGUCAAUUUUUUUCGGAGUAUGACAUCAUCAUUACUGCAUGUCACUUGAAUUAUUGCGGUUGCCACUUGGUAACUUCAGUAUGGAUGUCUUUACCCACAACUGUACAGCGAAUGGUAGCAAGAUUUUCUGGCGGGAAAUGUAAUGUACAAACUAAAUUUCUUGCAGAGUUAUAGCAUAGCAAUCUUAGAUGACUAA